AACUUUGAAGCAUAAAAAUUCUGCAUCGACGCACAUUAAACAGAAGCGAGGGAGAAAACGAAGUGUUAUUUAUUUUUAUUUUUUUCUAUAAUAACGAAAAAUAUUACUCAAUAUAAGAAGUAGAAUUUCACGAAAGGAAUGUUUAAUUACCAAUAAAUUAUAAUACAAAUGUAUUUUCCUAUUUGCAAAUUAGAAAGCAAAAACUGUGAUUUUUCAUUCUCUUUGGGCGGUGGCAGGUUAAGUUUUUGAGAUUAUCUCUUUAAUAAAAAAAAAGGGAAAAAAAUAAAUCGUUAGAUUGAAAAUUCGAUUAAAAAAAAUUAUGGAGGAUGAUGAACAGGAAGAAUUACGUUGCACUGGAAGUGACAUUGAAAUUGAAGAAUAUUCUGACACUGAAGAACCACCCUUUGUUGGUUAUCAAUCAUUAGAAAAACCCUUUGACACGGACAGUCCAAAUUGGAAAAAAUUCAGUUUUAUUUUUACACUAUGCACGGUUAUUGUAUCCGUUAGUAUUCUUGUAAUUAGUUUUCCCCUUUAUCUGGAAAGUGUCAGCGCUGUCUCCAAUGGAUAUUCAGCACUACUGUUUACUGCAUUUGGUUCAGUUUGUAUUCUGGCCAUUGUUUAUUUCGUUAAAGAAAAAAUUUCACCAUCGCCAAUUCCAAUUCCAAGCAGCACUAGAAUUUCAAUACCACGUAAUGUUAUUUUGAAAAUCAGUUUGCUGUAUGCGACUUCAGGUAUUCUCAUCGGUCUAUCCUUGGACCAAAACAGAGUCCUUUGUCAUUUGCAAGAUCCAAUAAAAGGCAUUGUCCUUGUUUUUUCACUCAUUUAUUAUUUUUUCUUCUGUCACAAAAUGAUGAGUCUACAACGUAUAUUCUCGAGUACAACAAUAAUUGUGGGACUUUUUAUAAGUGUUGAUUAUGGACUUUGUGAUGAGUUUCGUUGUCGAGGAAGGGAAAUUUCUGGUCAUACAAUGUCUAUGAGAGGAUCAUGGGGAAUAAGAGCUGUUUGGACAUUUGUUUAUGUACUUGCACUUGCUGCAUUUACAAUGUUUUUCACUAUUCUUGAACGUCUCUUUACCACUGGGAAUACUGGACCUUUGUUACCAACAAAUCACAGUAAUUUUUUACAAACUGUAUCACGUUUAGUUUCAUCGCGUGAUGUUAGACGAAGAACUAAUGUUGAGGAUGGUGGCCGAUUAUUACAUGUCACCGAUCCAGAUCCAACAAUAAAACCAAAAACCUUUCCAAAACCACCGAUUUUAGAAACACUUUUAUAUAUACACAUUGUCACAUUUAUCGUGAUUUUGCUCUUCACCUGGAUCGAUACUUUGCCCGGGAUUGGAAGAGGACUUCUCCCGGCAGAUUUGUAUCGUACAAUCAAAUAUGGUUUAAUGUGUCACGUCAAGGGAAGCAGCUCUUGUACCAAUGUAUCAGGACAUGCUUGGACAUUUCUCUGUGCUUAUGUGAUGUUUGCUAUUUCAAUUGUAAAUUUUCUCUCCAUGUGCGAAAGUGCCGUUUUUAGUGUUGCUGCCACUACUGUUUCGUUGCCAUUGUCAGGUAUUUGGUGGAGCAUCUAUAAAAUGGAUGUUGGUAUAAAUGGAGGAUGGAUUACAUUGUCGCCGGGUGUCACGGGUGAAUUAAUUUGUGCUCUCAUUGGUCUUCCUGUUGUUCUUCUUGGAUUAGGAUUAUUGACGAAAUCACAUUUUAAAGAAACCUUGCCACCCUAUCAGAUACUUCAAUCAACAAAUAAUAUUCAAAGUGAUUCUUUUUGUAGGUAAAUUUACAUAUAUAUUUAUAUAUUUAUUUAAAACAAAAAAAAAAUAAUGUUGCUAGUAUUUUUAGCCAUAAUAUUAUAUUUAAACGAAAACAAAAUCCGCCCAAAGAUAUAAGUGAAAAAUUGAAGAAAAAAAAAAAAGUUGUGCUUCCUAGAAAGUAAAAAAAUUUUUUUUUUUUUUUUGUCUAAACUCUACUAAUUAGUGAAUAGAUGAAAAAUUUUAAUAUCUUUUAUUCAAAAUUUAAUAACAAUUUUUUAGAGAAAAAAUAAACUAGUUUCUGAAGAUUUGAAAAAUGAUUCUUUCAUCUAAAAAAAAAAAAUAUUAAAAAAGGUCUAAAGAGCUAAACUUUUUUGAAAAAUAGAGUUAAAAAUUU